UACGGAAGGACGAAGUUCAGUUCAGUCGCAGACUUAUAAGUACAACGUUGCAUUAAUGUAAUCAGUGGUUGUUGUCAAAUUGGUUGUUGACCUUUCAAAUAAGACCCAUGUCCGAAAACAAUCAAAGUAAAGAUACAUGACGACAUGGAGGAACAAUUGGCCGCUUAUCGCGCCAAAAAGGCAAAGGAAAGGAGUUCCAAUUCUCAGGUUUCUGGAGGAUUGUUUGGAAUUGGAGGAGGACCGUUCUUUCGCAAUCGCCAAAAGGAUGCCACUGAAAAGGAUACCACUAAACGGGUGGAGGAUGAAAACAUGAAGAGUGAAGAGGAAAGAGAUAAUGCCGAUGCUACAAUGCAAAAGGAUGAUGAGAAUUCCACAGAUGCGAGGACAAACGUCACUCCUCAGAGCUUCUCAAGUAAACCCUACUCCACCUCCACCAUCAACCCGUACCGACUAGCCCUGAAAGCUGUCCUUUGGCUGGCCCUCUUCGGUCUGUUCGUGUGCAUCGGAUUUGGGGCAGUUUAUGUCAUCCUCUCCCUCUUCUACAUCAUCUACGCCAACAUGAGAGGAGCAGGAGAGAAGACGCCCGGAGAAAAGAGCGCUUACUCUGUGUUUAAUCCCAAGUGCGAACGCAUCCAUGGGACGCUGACAGCGGAGGAGAUUGAGAAAGGAAUGAUUUACGGGAUAGGAGGAGCUAUGAGAUAGUAUCUUGUGACUAUUUUAAACUGCUUCAGCAAUAAUAGUUAGAGGACGCCCGGAGAAAAGAGUGCUUACUCCGUGUUUAAUCCCAAGUGUGAACACAUCCAUGGGACGCUGACAGCGGAGGAGAUUGAGAAAGGAAUGAUAUAUGGGAUUGGAGGAGCCAUGAGAUAGCAUCUACGCCAACAUGAGAGGGGCGGGUGAGAAGACUCCUUGAGAAAAGAGCGCUUACUCUGUGUUCAAUCCCAAUUGCGAACGCAUCCAUGGGACGCUGACAGCGGAGGAGAUUGAGAAAGGAAUGAUUUACGGGGUUGGAGGAGCCAUGAGAUAGCAUCAUGCGACUCUUUUGUAACUGCUUCAGCAAUAAUAUACCGGUACUCCAGGAUGUUGUUCAUGUAGGCUAUGACUGUCCAAAGUAGAGAGACAGUGAUGAGUCAAUACCAACUAAACAAUCAAAGAAACCAUUUGGGGCUUGAUUUGAUGUAGCAAUCUUCACCGUGUGGUGGGCUUGUAAAGUUGAAUGGCUUCUACGUUAACAAACUCAAAUAGGAUUAACACAUAAUAACUAGAGGGAAGAAAAAAAAUCAUAAUGUGGAGGAGAGCAAAAGUGCCCUUUUCUCUCUCCACUUGUUUGAACCUAGAACUUGAUUCAUUUAUUAAACUAAUAAUGGGGUUGACACCAGUUAGGUAUAAUUCCCCUACGAAAUGGGAAACAAAUGAAAAUCAGUUUUCAUCCCUAAAAUGACUUAGAAAUGUUAGAGUGUCUGUGACCCUUUGACCUAGUCUAUACAGCAUGAAUCCCUGUUGAAAUAAAAGUGAGUUGUAUAAAUUACCAAUAAAACUGGUGUUUAAAAGGCAUUCGGUUUUACUACAUUUAAAAAUUGGAUUUAAAUCUCUUUCCUGUUCUGUUGAGUUCCUUGAAAUCCAAAAAAUCAAUCUGUAAUCUAUUUUAAAAUGAAAUUAUACUGAUUUUCACAAAGUGAAGUGAAAAUCUCUUGGGUAAUAUUCUUCAAAAUUUAUUGAAUAGGUGCCUUUUAUCGUGUUUUAUUCAGUCCUUGUUGAUUUUUUGUUAGUUUCCACUGCUGUCAACUACAGUGUAUUCUAUUAUAUAUGCAGAUUGGGUAUGAAUGUGAUAUUGUUACAUGGUAUUUUAUAAUGAAAAGCAAUGUCAUGACUCGGGAUCCAUAAAUAUGUCCAUAUUCAUUACAGUACUUUGCUUCCUUUUCGAUAAAUGUAAAAAUAUUAAUAAGAAACAUCUGUUUGUUUACACUGCCAUUACCUGUCUAUGAUAAGAUAAGAGGAAUGUCAACACUUAAUUAACAACUUUUAUCAGCACCACAGUUAAUCACCUUGUUUGGUUAGCUAAUCUUUGAAAAUAAGAGAUAUUAGUGUCUCGAAGGGAAGUGCGAAGUAUUUGUGCUGGUUUCAUACAUGUACUGUAUUACCAAUGACAUUACCUAUACCGGUAAUUAUAAAAGUCCUCUGUCAAAGUUUAUGUGGCAAAGGUUUAGGAUGUCGGUAGUGCAGGUCCCAGGUCACUGAUUUAUGCUUACAAGCCUUCAGAGCCAACUUUGGAAAGAAAAUACAAUAAGGUGUACAUGUUGAAUACUUUUUUGCAACUUGAAGUUCAGGACACUAAUUUUAUAUAUUUAAAAAAUGUUGACAGGUCAUAUGGGACCAGCCAGUCUUUAUCUUUGUCAGGUGAUUAA